GACACAAUUCAUUCUCAUUUUCUUUCUCGAUACGGUGUUAUUGAUACCUUAGAAUUGAACCUAAGCGUGCACAAAGCGAUGCACGUUGACAAAAAAUUGUCACAUAAUAUUAGACCCCACAGAAUUGAACGAAAUAAAUCAGCAGCAUGGUAUAUGGGAGCAACAUGAGCGAAGAAACAAGCACGAACUGUACGCCCCGCAUCAAAUGGGCUGCGGGCCAGGGUGGAACCAUGGGGAACGACAAGAAGAACAAGCCCAACCCGGAACAGUGCGGUAUCGGCGACCCAACGAGGUUCCACUCGUCGCAACAACCUAUACCGGCAUCCCUCRUGCGACAUACCCCGCACUUCUCGCAGAUGCCGUCCUCCCUGUUCGACAYGSCAUCKGUACCGAGCAGUCUUCACCUCGGAAGCGAGGAAUGGUACGGAUUCUCCAAGCAAAGAAACUACGACAGCAUCCGUGACAUCGGUGCCUGCAAUCGAGUGGCCGGCUUGUCGGUGCUGGACAGAGCCAUUGAAAUCCUUGGUCAACGAAACAGAUACGAUUACAACUACGAUGCCGAUGCAGCUUCUUCCAUUGAUAUCGCGAACGACAGCCCCUACAAGAAGCGCCGGUGCCAAUAGGUGGCGCCAUCCCCGGGAUCAAAGCUGGCCUGCCGCUGCUACACAGAGUCAUAACAAUCCUUGGUCAACAAAAGAGAGAUACUGCCGCUGCUUCMAUCGAAAUCGUAAAAGACAACAACUAUAAGGAGUCACCGGGAGCAAAAUCCACCACCGGCUCCUUCGCUUCGACUCGAGUAAAAACCCUAUGCUUAU